GACUGUCUAGUACUAGACUCCUGUCAAGAUGGCACCGAGUGGACUAAAGGCGGUAGUCGGAGAAAAAAUUCUCAACGGGGUCAUUAAGAGUGUAAAGAAGGAUGGAGAAUGGAAGGUUUUAAUUGUGGAUCACAUGAGCAUGCGAAUUCUGUCGUCUUGCUGCAAGAUGUCGGACAUUUUGGCAGAGGGCGUCACUAUUGUGGAGGACAUCAAUAAACGCAGGGAGCCCAUCUCCAGCUUGGAGGCCAUUUAUUUGAUUACACCAGUGGAGCAGUCAGUCCAUGCUCUCAUUAAGGACUUCAAGGAUGCCGCUUUCACUUACAAAGCCGCACACAUUUUCUUCACUGACACCUGCCCUGAUGAUCUCUUUGCUGAGAUUGGGAGAUCCAGACUGGCCAAGGUUGUCAAGACUUUAAAGGAGAUCAAUGUUGCGUUCCUGCCAUACGAGUCUCAGGUAUUCUCCCUGGAUGACCCAACUUCGUUGUACUCUUUCUACAGUUCUAAGCCUGUUCAAGGCAAAGAGAAAAAGAUGGAAAAUCUGGCAGAGCAGAUUGCAACACUCUGUGACACACUAAAGGAGUACCCUGCAGUCCGAUACCGCAAGGGGCCUGAGGAGAAUGCUAGGCUGGCUGAGGAGGUGUACCAGCGCCUUACCGCUCACAAAGCAGACAACCCAAGCAUGGGAGAGGGUCCAGAUAAAGCUCGAUCUCAGCUGCUGAUUGUUGAUCGUGGGUUUGAUCCCAUCUCCCCUCUUCUUCACGAGCUGACCUUCCAAGCAAUGGCUUAUGAUUUGCUGGAUAUCAAACAGGAUAUCUAUACUUACCAGACCUCUGGCAUUGGCAAUGCAAAAGACAGAGAAGUGUUACUGGAUGAAGAUGAUGAGCUCUGGGUUCAGCUCAGGCAUAUGCACAUUGCAGAUGUAACAAAGAAAGUGACAGAGCUUUUUCGCAACUUCUGUGAGAGCAAGAGAAUGUGUACUGACAAUGCGAACAUAAAGGAUCUCUCUCAAAUGUUAAAGAAGAUGCCACAGUAUCAGAAGGAGCUGAGCAUGUACUCUACACAUUUGCACCUUGCAGACGCAUGCAUGAAGAAAUUCAAGGCCAGUCUCGAUAAACUAUGUGAAGUGGAGCAGGACCUGGCAAUGGGAUCAAAUGCCAUAGGGGAGCCUUUAAAAGAUGCCAUGAAAAGCAUUGUUCCUGUACUCCUCAACAAUGACAUCGAGGCCUAUGACAAAAUCCGCAUCAUUCUGCUGUACAUUUUCCACAAGAAAAAAGGCAUUGCUGAGGAGAACUUUACCAAGCUCAUCCAGCAUGCAAACAUACAAGGAAAGAGCGACAUUAUAACUAACCUGCAGAACCUGGGCUGCAACAUCAUAGCUGGGGGUCCCAAUGCUGGAAAAACACUCCCAGACCAUAAGGAGAGACUAGAGAGUACAUAUGAACUCUCGAGAUGGACACCCAUCAUCAAAGACAUCAUGGAGAAUGCCACUGAAGACAAACUGGACAGGAAACAGUGGCCCUUCAUCUCUGAUCCUGCACCGAUUAAUACAACUCAGACUGCAGUCAGCAGUGCACGUUUUGGACACUGGCACAAGAACAAAUCUCCAACAGAAUAUCGCUCUGGGCCUCGGCUCAUUAUUUUUGUGAUUGGUGGGGUGUCGCACUCAGAGAUGCGUUCUGCUUAUGAAGUCACUCAGGCCACCGGUGGGAAAUGGGAGGUGCUUAUUGGGUCAUCUCACAUCCUGACUCCAACAACCUUCCUCGAUGAUUUAAGUACUCUGGACAAAGAUCCCAGUUCUGAGUCUUAAAUAGUCCCUUUGCAGGAGAGAACUCAUGAAAAAGCUACAGUCUGUUGUUUGAUUGUUGGCUUGUAUUGUAUGUAGGUAUUCUGGCAUAAAAAGUAAAUUAUGAAGAGAGGUCUUUGAUGUAUUCAUGGAAGGAAAUGUUUGAUUCUUUAUUUUAUUGUUUGAUUUCUAUUUUAUAACUCGUUCUGAAUUAGGUUCUGCAUUCUGUUAAUUUGAAAUGAUAAUAUUGAAGUGGUUAUGAUAGUUAAUUAUGUGAUAGGAAAUCAUAUGAUUGUAGAAUUGUCAUUUUUUGUUUGCUCUUUGUUUGAUUUUGUCUAAUUAUGAACAUGAUCAUCACGCAUCAUCUGCAUGACAAUGAAAAUGUAGUGUAGUCGGUUGCCAGUACAAGAAUAUAUACAAGUAAAUAAAAAUGUCUUUUAUGUUUUCUUUAAGUUUUUUUGUUUUCUAUUUCCAUAUUUGUGAAAGCUUGCUCUGGACAGUCUCAACUGCUGUAAUAUUACAUUAUUUGACUAAUUUAAUACUGCACAUUAUUAUGUACUUUAUUAUAUUUUUGGGAGGCAGUGUGAUGGGUGUUUCUUUCUUGUAUCAUUAAACAAUAAAGAAAA